AUUUGAACACCUAUGGGUGGCUUGUACAGUGGAUUUUAAAAAAAACACAGAACUUUAAGCUUGUAAAUUUCAGCUUCAGUCUAUAAACUGAAUUCAAAAUCACAACAGCUGUUUAGUAUCCAACUGCUAGGUUACCUUCAUUUUUUAAAGUUUGUUAAGCUUUCUUUUAUAACCAUCAAUGUCUGAAGAAGUUACUUAUGCAGAUCUAAAAUUCCAAGACUCCAGCAAGAUAGAACAUGUGCAGAAGUUUGACCAAGUUGGUAUAAAAGCACCUUCUGCUCCUUCCCAUGGGUUGCAUAAAAGAGACUUGGCUCUUAUUCUUCUGUGCCUUCUGCUGAUGACUGGAUUGGGAAUCUUAGGAAGCAUGUUUCACCUAACUUCAAAGAGAGAAAUGGAAAAAUUAAAAAAACUACAAAAUUUCAAAGAAGAACUUCAGAAAAAUGUUUCUCUACAACUGAUGUAUAAUAUGGAUAUUUGCAAGAAGAUCAGGAACAUCUCUACCACACUGCAAGAACUGGCCACCAAAUUAUGUUAUGAGCUAUAUAGAAGAGAACCAGAGCAUAAAUGUAAACCUUGUCCAAAAGAAUGGAUGUGGCAUGAGGACAGCUGUUAUAAAUUAUUUAAAAAUUAUGACACAUGGCAAAAUAGUGGCAAGACAUGUUCUGCUCACAAUGCCAGCCUGUUGAAGAUUAGGAACAAAAGUGUCUUGGAAUUUAUAAAGUCCCAGGAGUUAUAUAACUAUUGGCUAGGAUUAUCUCCCAGGAAAGUUUACACAAAAUACAAAAACUUGGAUGAGACAUUAAUCUCCUCUAAUUGGUUUACAAGAAACACAAGUGACUUAAGUGAUGGAAAAUAUUGUGGAUUUAUAACAAAUAUAGAAUAUGUUUUUUAUGAUUACUGCACUUCCCGAAAAUAUUCUGUAUGUGAAAAGUUAGCUGAUCCAGUGAAGAUUGAGAGCACACUCAUGAAUGAAGAACCAGAUGAAAGGAUGUAGUUAGUGUAAUUAUUUUGCCUUAGAUAGCGUUCUCAAGCAAAGGCCGCUUUAAAAAACAUACAUCCUGUGGACCGCACAAAUGGAAUAAAGAUGCUGUGACACCAAA